UUUGUGUUUCUUAUCUUUUUAUUACCUUUUUGAGACAAAUUAAUUGAAAUAUUUGUUUGUUCUCUCCGCUCGAAAGUUCGAGUUUGAGUUCUCAGUGAUUUCUGCUUUAGAAAUAGAGAGAGAUUUCAACCAACACAGACCGCAUCUUUUCCUAUUGUGCUUUCCAUAAGGAUUUAGCGGCUCGAAAUUCGAGAUCUCUACUUUAAGAUACAACUUAAGUGAUACAUUUGUUUUUGCUCUUCCUAAAGGGUAUUAAAAAGCAGAGAGAUUUCAAUCAUUUCACCACGCUGUAUUAAUGGCAGCCUGCAACACACAACAAAACUAUGACAAAAUUAGUGAACUAAAAGCCUUUGAUGACACAAAAGCAGGUGUCAAAGGACUUAUUGAUGGUGGAAUUACUAAAGUACCUCAAAUAUUCAUUCAUCCAGAGGCUUUAGAAAAAGAAACCACAAAUCCCAAAAAUACACAUUUCAUUUUCCCAUUAAUAGACCUCCAAAACAUCAACAUCAACAAUAAAGAAAUAGUGAAACAAAUUCAAGAAGCAUCAGAGACAUGGGGUUUCUUUCAAGUGAUCAAUCAUGGUAUUCCGGUACCCGUCCUAGACGAAAUGUUGCGUGGGGCACGACGUUUUCACGAGCAAGAUAUCGACGUUAAAAAACCAUAUUAUAGUCGAGAUGUUGCGAGGAAAGUUAUGUACAAUUGCAAUUUUGAUCUAUUUAGUGAGAAAUCUCUUGCAGCAAAUUGGAGAGACUCACUUUACUCUGUCAUGGCUCCUAAUCCUGCUAAUCCCGAGGAAAUCCCCGAGACAUGCAGGGAAAUUACAAUUGAGUACUCAAAUUAUGUGAUGAAUUUGGGAUACACAUUGCUUGAAUUAUUUUCACGAGGACUUGGUCUAAAACCAAACCAUCUUAAAGAAAUGGGAUGUGCUGAGGGACUAGGCAUUUUGUGCAAUUACUAUCCUAAAUGUCCACAACCAGAAGUUGCAAUUGGCACAAGUAGACAUGCUGAUAAUGAUUUUUUCACAGUGCUUUUGCAAGAUGAUAUUGGUGGACUUCAAGUUUUUCACAAGAAUCAAUGGGUUGAUGUUCCUCCUACUCAUGGAGCUUUAGUUGUCAAUAUUGGUGACAUUCUUCAGCUUAUAUCGAAUGACAAAUACAAGAGCAUAGUGCACAGAGUAUUGGCAAAUAAAAUUGGUCCCAGAAUAUCAAUAGCAAGUUUCUUCAGCACAGGGCCAUUUGCAACUUCUAGAAUUUAUGGACCAAUUGAGGAGUUAUUAUCUAAAGAUAAUCCUCCAAAGUAUAGAGCAACAACAAUGAAGGACUUCUUUGAAUAUUCUAACAAGAAAGGACUUGAUGGCAAUUCUAAUUUGUCUCACUACAAAAUAAUAUGAAAUUU